GUCAAGUUUCUCGAACACAGGACCAAAAGUAGAUGGAAUGCUUCCAAAUUCAGUUAAAAAAUAAAAUACAGUAUCAGAAUUAAACAUAACUACAAAUCUAUGUACUUUUAACAUCACAAUGAAAUUUGCACUGUAAUGCCAUAUCAUAUAUGUGUAAACAAGAUCUCCACAGCUCCGACUGCAAGGGAUUUCCUUCUGUUAAGAUGAGUUUCCAUUUAGUGUACAAGCAUUUCAGGUCAGAGGAUGGGAGAAAGCUUACAGAAGUUUUACCAGCUGUAGAAGAUUAAAUCUCCCAACAAAAAGAACAAUGUUGAUUUACUGGCAAGAUUAUACAGAAGGUUUUAUGAAAAGGGAACCAGAGGAAUGUAUUUUUAGAACAUUACAAGACAAGGGAAAGUUAUAUUACUCAGGGGAUAUGUUUGAUAGUUGGAUAUAUUUUAGUCCAAUUAAUUUGAAAGACAGAGAAUGGUAUAAACAGAAUUGUGACUUGGAUCUUAUUAAGGAUGAACAGGUUCAGUCAGAAAUUCAUCAUUUGUCAAUGGCAGUUAAGGCAGCAGAUUUAGAUGAAUGUGCAGGAACUUCGUCACCAGAUGUUCUAUCUGCAGCAAGUAGACAGCAAGAAGAUCCACCAGUCAGUCCCUCUCCUAUUGUUUAUCUUUAUUGGGAAGCUAGAGCACAGGGAUUUCAUAAUUUGAGAGGCAAGCUUUUUGGUGAAGCGUUUGUUAGAUUAUUGUUCAUGGGAGUAGACAAUGUGACCUUUUCUUACUCAACAGCUGGACUUGAUACUCAUCUAGAUAGGUGGGGGUAUGUGAAGAAAGGACCAUCAAAACGAUCACCAGGGAGUAAUGAUUGUAUUCGUAAUCAAGUGCUUUUACAACCAGGGAUGAAUUCAAAAGACCAAUAUUUGACAGUGUUAAAAAAUCAAGAGAGUGUUGAGUUUAAUUUAGAAGCAACUUCACUUAAAGCAGAGUCUGAUAUUUUUGUAUGGAAGGGCAAUAAAUUAGUGCUGGUUGCCAUAGUAACAAGCAUAAAUAACAGUGGACAGAGCAAAAUGCAGCAACUUCAUCGGAAUAUGCUCCUAAGUUUAGAUGGACAAAAAACACUUUUUGGCUUGGUAAUACAAGGUCAUCAGGUCAUUCUUGCUGAAUAUAUUCUUGAGCAAAAUUCCAGGGAAUACAAAAGAAGCGUUAGUGAAACAGCAUUCAGUUAUACUAAAAAUGAUCUUAAUCUCUUAUAUUCUUAUGUACAAAAGCAUUUUGCAGAGUAACUAGAAAUAGUGAACAAAGCUUUCAAACUUGCGAGUAAAAUUAAGCUACACAAUCAGUCAAAAUAUGUAUUUGCAUGAUACUUUAUGAACUGAAAGAAAGUGAUUAAAAGCAUUCUUAUAUUCAUACAUGUCAUAUGAGGAUUUAAAAAAAAAACAAAAAAACAGUUGUUGAAAAUA